UUUAAAAAGCCACGACCACCUGGUGGCGUGUAUUAUUCACGCCUAUUCGGCGUGCAGACUUGUAGAAGACCGAGCAGGAUUUAAUACGGAGAGGCUGUGGCAACGUACCACAACACUAGUUGUGGUACGGUCAGCGUCAUCUUUUCCUUUCCGGGGAUGCCUUUUUUUUUAUAUAUAUAUUUUCCGUGCCUUAUAGCCUAUACUGUAAGCACAAUUCAAGGAGCAUAACCCGCUGACUGUCACGGCCAGACGCCGUGCUGAAGCGAGCUGGCUGAGGGAGGAAAUGCGACGUCAUUCAAAGAAGAAUGUUUUGGCAGUGCUGCUUAUCAUCGGAGGAUUAUAUUUCAUUAGCCAUUCGAACUUCCUUAUUGCUGGCCCAUCAAGGCCACAGGAACCAAUUCCAAAUGAGUUAACUUGGCAAACGGAGAGGUUGGUUAGUAAGGAGUCCUGGGUGGAACAGGGAGAUUACCUGCCUCUCAAUGUGUCCUAUCAGCUGCUUGCUGGAGCACCAUCCACUCAACAGAGGUAUUUAACAGUUGGAUUAUCCUCGGUGAAGAGGAAGAAGGGCAGCUAUCUAAUCCCCACCUUGCAGUCCCUCUUCUCCCAGUCCUCUCCUGAAGAGCGCGCCUCCAUGGUGGUGGUAGUGCUGCUAGCAGAUUUCGAUGUCAGCUGGAGAGUCACUACAGCGAGGGAGAUCAAAACUGCAUUUGCCACGGAGCUGGAACAGGGCCAGCUGGUGGUCCUCCACGUUCCUCAGGAUGUUUACCCUCCUCUUACAGGUCUAAAGAGGAACUACAACGAUGCUCCAGAAAGGGUGUCGUUCCGCUCCAAGCAGAACCUGGACUACUCCUUCCUGACCCUCUACAGUGCCAGCCUCGGUCGAUACUACCUCCAGCUGGAGGACGACGUCUCCUCCGCAAAGAAUUUCCUUUCCACCAUCAGGAGGCGCGUCGAGGAGCAAGAGGCGAAGAAGACCACCUGGGCAAUGCUGGAGUUCUCGGCCCUCGGCUAUAUUGGCAAACUCUACAAAUCCACUCAUCUUCCUCUCCUGGCCCGCUUUCUCUUCCUCUUCUACCAGGAAAUGCCCUGCGACUGGUUGAUGACGCGCUUCCGAGAGCUGAUGACUCAGAAAGAGACGAUCCUCUUCAAACCCUCGCUGUUCCAACACAUGGGGACUUUCUCCUCGUUCCAAGGGACGUACAACAAGCUGAAGGACAAGGACUUUGAGGAAGGGUUGUAUACCAAUCCUCUAGCUGAGGUCUAUUCUGAUAUGUCGACCUACAAGAAACAAUUCCCCAAACUGGCCUGGGAACCUGGCGAGGGAUUUUUCUGGGGGCGCUCCCCGGAGAAAGGAAAUCACCUGACUGUGGUGUUCGCAGAGCCGACAGUGGUGACGGGGGUGUAUGUAGAAACAGGGUCAGGGGGCAAAGACCUCCUAGAGUCGGCUCAGGUGGACCUAGGCCACGACGUGAUUACCACUGAGAAAGAGGAGAAGAGUUGUAAAGAGUUCCAGUUAGCGGGGAUGUUGGAGAACGGGAAGUUUGAGAUGCAGGACAUGGACAAGCGGUACAGCUCCGCCUCUUCCUGUCUCAGGAUACAAGUCACAGCUGCACAGAAGGAUUGGGUGAUCAUCAAGAAAAUCAGGAUCUCAACAAAGCUGAGUACACCUUCACGCCAAGCCUAGGAGUGAAAUCUUUCUUCCUGCUGCCGAUGAAUAAGCUGUCUUAUUGUUUUUAUAGGGCAUUUUUGGGCAUUGUUAGGCCUUUUAUUUUCACAGGACAGAUCAAGACAUAAAUGGGGAGAGAGAGGGGGAAUGACAUCUGUUGGCUCUCCCAACUGAGCUAACCCAGCCACGAAUAAUUAGUCUUCAUUCGAUCUGCAGGACGUUGUAUGCAGGCUGAACAUGUGACUUUAGUGCCUUGUUUAACCGUUUCAUUGACAACAAUCCAGGUCUUAGCAACACUGUGUGGAGCUACUGUCGAUGAAAAUGUCCGAUUUAAGUUUGUGAUAACUUAUGUCUUUUCAACAUGAGGGGAUUUGCAAUGAUAAAAGUUAAUUCGUCUAUAGGCAAGCAGCUCCAGGGGGCCAGAUGUAUGAACGACGUGUACGCACAAAACCACGCACAUGCCUUUUCCCACACCUAUUUAUAAAGGAAAAAUAUGUGUAACUCCGUGUGUAACGGACCAUGUUGAAGUGGAAAUGAAAAAUAAGGUGAGGGGAAAAAAAAAAAAAAAAAAAAAACUGUUUGCUUGCAGCAACACACACUUUAAUUUGUGACAUUUUAUUUUUUUGUUUUUUUUAAAUGAUAUAAUUUAUCGUGAGACAUUCUGUAAACUGUUAUUAACUAAAUAAUAGCUGAUUCAUUGCUAAUUAUGGGCCUUUGAUGAGAAUUGAGACAUCACUGCUGAUGAUAGUUUACAGGUGAUGAAUAGUGAACAACACUGGGUGCUAUAAGUAGCUGCAGCUGUGCAUAAUUGUUGUGCAUAAGGAUGGCUACUCUGACUUCGUGGAAAGGAUCUUGUAAAUGAGACGAUAAGAUGAGAACUAGUAUUUUGCGAUCGUUCUGGUUUCCUGGCUCGCGCUUUAGGUUUCCAAGGGCUUCAAGGGUCCAGCUUUAGCGCGCCAGACCCAGAGAAACCAUGCAAUUCCUAUCAGUCUUCAGGUUUUGGUAACUCUUGGGUUCCUUGCAACGGGGACAUUUCAGAGGGAGCUGGCGGUCAGGCCUGGAUCUAUAUCUCCGUCAACAUUAAGCCGUGUCACGUCCAUCCUGUGUGUUGCGGCCUCUGCCGUUAGCCAGGGCUGCACUGUUCUUCUCCCGUCCUAACAAGUUUCAGAUCCACUCCCUGGGAUCGGUGCCUUCGCUGGAGGAUUCCCCUGUCCGGAUUGGUCGGGCGUUUCAGACUGGCUCAAAUAGUUUUUUUUGACUUCCGACGUCACCAGUCCAGUCCACCAAAUCCGGCGGCUGUCUUGUCCAAUCACGGAGAUUUGAAAUGACAUCCGGGACUCCCAACCGGGACUGCUGUGAUUUUUCAUUGAACGGUUCACCACUGUGCUUCUUAGAGACGUUGUUAGAUUGGAUGCUGUGUAGCCUACUUGAACCUUGUGUUUUCACUUGAAAUGUUAAACUAGUUUUGUGGUUUUGGGACUGAGCAGGGAUUAGUUUGUUUUUGUGUGUUUGCAUUUUCCUUUUUUUUUUUUUUGUUCUU